CACUCUCCUGACCAAAAUGCUACAUGCAAAUAAAAUGUUAUGUUUGGCUGGUACUGCAUGGCCACCACAUACUAGGGAACACUCCUGCCCCAGACAUCUGUAAUCUGCACAAAAAUCAUACAACCAUUGGAUGACAGGAUUUUUGUGUUGCGCAAACAGCGUAGCAACGAGAGUUACGCUGUUUACGCAACUCCCAUAAACCGCUAUUACAAUAACGUAAACUGCGUACACCAGUCCGUUCGACAGUUUUCGGCUUCGGUUCGAUGUGGUUUCCACCCCGGGACCCCGCACCAAUCACGCAUUUAUGGCCUAAAGUGCGAACAUAUCCAGAACGAAAGAAACCGACAUAAGAACCCUUUAUUUAAAGCCUCGCUGCCUUGUCACCGGGCGUUCGGUAUAGUGAAGAAAACUGUGCCCCAUAGCCGAAACACCGGCCUCUCCGUCCCCGGUGUCCAGCCGCACUACCUCCACUCGCUCUAUUAUCCCUCUAUCCAGUUCAUCUCUUGCCGCGGCCUCCAGGUGACGUCACGCCAUUUCGUAUACUUGCCUUCCCCUCCUCACCGACGCGGCCCCGCCCCCUUCGAGCAUGACGUCAUGCGCUCGGAUCUUCGCUAUUGGCUACCCCAUGUUCCCGGGCCCCCGUGUGUAAUUGCGGAGAGCGGAAGCGGCGCUGUGUAUUGUCUGCGGGAGGAAGAGGAGGGGGAACCGGGGUCAGUGCUGCAGACCGAGCACUGGGCUCUCCGCUCUGCACGGACGGUGCCUGCGACAUUGAUGCCUCCGCUCCACAUGAUGCGUCCUGGGCUCUGGAACGGUAGCGGGGGGCUGUAGCACGGAGGCGCCGGAUUUUACCCCGCUUUUAUACCAUUUAACUAUACACAUUGCCGGGCUCCUCACCGUGCACCGGAACGUCACUGCAGACACUGGGAACCGAGCUCAGGCCGCAUCCCCGGGGUGAGAGAAGAGCAGACAGGCCGGCCCUACACUGCUCGGAGAAGAGACGGGGAGCACCGAGAGGCCCAGCACUGAUCGCAGGAGGGGGGAGGAGCGCCGCCGCACAAUAGCCGCUGCUCUCCGGCCUCCCAGCUGAUUAUCCGCGAUCACUGCAGUCCUCUGGGGGGAGGAGGAAGAUGUCUAAGGCCGGAGGAGGAGGAGGAGGACCUGGGGGCGGUGCCGGAGGCGGUACCGGAGGGCUCACCUGGGUGACCUUGUUUGAUAACCAGAAUAAUGCAUCAGCUAAGGAAGAAGGUGAAGGCAAAAGCGAAAGCAAAAGCAACAGCAAUAACAAGAAUGACGCCAAGAAGAUGUCUGUGGAGAGAGUUUACCAGAAGAAGACGCAGCUUGAGCACAUCCUCCUGCGGCCGGACACCUACAUCGGAUCUGUGGAGCCGGUUACACAGGCAAUGUGGGUGUACGACGAAGAUGUUGGAAUGAAUUGCCGAGACAUCACUUAUGUGCCGGGAUUAUAUAAAAUAUUUGAUGAAAUUUUAGUCAAUGCAGCCGACAAUAAGCAGAGGGAUAAAAACAUGAGUUGUAUUAAAAUUUCUAUUGAUCCUGAUUCCAAUAUCAUAAGUGUUUGGAACAAUGGUAAAGGAAUUCCGGUGGUCGAGCAUAAAGUAGAGAAGGUCUACGUCCCUGCACUGAUAUUUGGACAGUUAUUGACUUCCAGCAACUACGAUGAUGAAGAGAAAAAAGUGACGGGUGGCCGUAAUGGAUAUGGUGCUAAACUUUGUAAUAUAUUCAGUACAAAAUUCACAGUGGAAACAGCCUGCAAAGAAUACAAACACAGCUUUAAGCAGACCUGGAUGAACAAUAUGCAAAAGUCCACAGAACCGAAGAUCAAGUAUUUUGAUGGGGAUGACUACACAUGUAUUACAUUCCAGCCAGAUUUAGCCAAAUUCAAAAUGGAGAAAUUGGACAAGGAUACUGUGGCUUUCUUAACAAGAAGGGCUUAUGAUGUUGCUGGCUCCUGCAAAGGUGUUAAAGUCAUGCUCAAUGGAAAAAAACUUCCUGUAAAUGGAUUUCGAAGUUACGUAGAUCUUUAUGUAAAGGAGAAAUUGGAUGAGACAGGUGUAGCACUGAAAGUUAUCCAUGAAGUUGUGAAUGAACGCUGGGAUGUGUGUCUCACAUUGAGUGAGAAAGGCUUUCAACAGAUCAGUUUUGUAAAUAGUAUAGCUACCACAAAGGGUGGUAGACAUGUGGAUUAUGUCGUGGAUCAGAUAGUAUCUAAGCUUAUUGAAGUUGUAAAGAAAAAGAACAAAGCUGGAGUUUCUGUGAAGCCAUUCCAGGUGAAGAAUCACGUAUGGGUCUUUGUAAAUUGUUUGAUUGAGAACCCCACCUUUGACUCUCAGACAAAAGAGAACAUGACCCUCCAGGCAAAAAGUUUUGGCUCAAAGUGCCAGCUUUCUGAGAAGUUUGCCAAAGCAGCUUCAAAUUGUGGCAUAGUGGAAAGCAUUUUAAAUUGGGUCAAAUUUAAGGCACAAACACAGCUAAAUAAGAAGUGUUCUUCUGUGAAGCACAGCAAAAUUAAAGGCAUUCCCAAACUGGAUGAUGCAAACGAUGCUGGUGGUAAACAUUCCUUGGACUGCACUCUAAUUCUGACUGAAGGAGACUCAGCCAAAUCUCUGGCUGUCUCUGGAUUAGGCGUCAUUGGACGGGAUAGAUAUGGUGUUUUCCCCCUUAGAGGAAAAAUCCUUAAUGUACGAGAAGCUUCUCAUAAACAGAUUAUGGAGAAUGCAGAAAUCAACAACAUUAUUAAAAUUGUUGGCUUGCAAUACAAAAAGAGCUAUGAUGAUCAGGAGUCUCUGAAGUCUUUACGUUAUGGAAAGAUCAUGAUUAUGACCGAUCAGGAUCAGGAUGGUUCUCAUAUUAAAGGCUUAUUGAUAAAUUUUUUCCAUCACAACUGGCCAUCCCUGUUAAAACACCAUUUUCUAGAGGAAUUUAUUACCCCAAUUGUUAAGGCAACAAAAAGUAAGCAGGAGUUGUCGUUCUACAGUAUUCCAGAGUUUGAUGAAUGGAAGAAACAAAUAGAAAACCAGAAACUGUGGAAGAUAAAGUACUACAAAGGUUUGGGUACGAGUACUGCAAAGGAGGCCAAGGAGUAUUUUGCAGACAUGGAGCGGCAUCGAAUUGGUUUCCGAUAUGCCGGCCCGGAGGACGAUGCUGCCAUUACUCUGGCUUUUAGCAAAAAGAAAAUUGAUGACCGAAAAGAAUGGCUCACAAAUUUCAUGGAGGAUAGGCGGCAGCGACGAUUGCAUGGCCUGCCAGAGCAAUUUUUGUACGGCACUGCCACAAAGUACCUAAGCUUUAAUGAUUUCAUUAACAAGGAAUUGAUAUUGUUCUCGAACUCUGACAACGAACGGUCGAUUCCUUCUCUGGUUGAUGGUCUGAAGCCUGGACAAAGGAAAGUGUUGUUUACUUGUUUUAAGAGAAAUGAUAAGCGUGAAGUCAAAGUUGCCCAACUAGCUGGUUCUGUUGCUGAAAUGUCCGCGUAUCAUCACGGGGAGCAAGCCCUGAUGAUGACUAUUGUAAAUUUGGCACAGAACUUUGUAGGUAGUAACAAUGUGAGUUUACUGCAACCCAUUGGUCAAUUUGGCACAAGGUUGCAUGGAGGUAAAGAUGCUGCUAGCCCUCGAUACAUUUUCACUAUGUUAAGUCCCCUGGCACGAUUAUCAUUUCCAAAUGUGGAUGAUAAUCUGCUUAAGUUCCUGUAUGAUGAUAACCAGAGAGUGGAGCCGGAGUGGUACAUGCCCAUUAUUCCCAUGGUUUUGGUGAAUGGUGCUGAAGGUAUUGGCACUGGCUGGGCAUGUAAACUGCCCAAUUAUGACACCAGGGAGAUUGUCAACAAUGUCAAGAGAAUGCUUGAUGGCUUGGAUCCAAACCCCAUGCUUCCGAGCUACAAGAACUUCAAAGGUACAAUUCAGGAGCUGGGCCAAAACCAGUAUGCCAUGAGUGGGGAGGUCUAUGUCCUUGACCGGAAUACUAUAGAAAUAACGGAACUGCCAGUCAGAACAUGGACUCAGGUUUACAAAGAGCAAGUUUUAGAGCCUAUGCUUAACGGCACAGAGAAAACACCAGCUUUGAUAUCGGAUUACAAGGAGUACCACACUGAUACAACUGUGAAAUUUGUUGUGAAAAUGACAGAAGAAAAACUAGCUCAAGCCGAAGCGGCUGGCUUACACAAAGUCUUCAAACUGCAGACCACACUUACCUGCAAUUCUAUGGUAUUGUUUGAUCACAUGGGCUGUCUUAAAAAAUAUGAAACUGUUCAGGAUAUUCUGAAGGAGUUUUUUGAUUUAAGAUUACAUUACUACAGUCUACGCAAAGAGUGGCUGAUGGGAAUGUUGGGAGCUGAGGCUGCAAAACUUAACAAUCAAGCCAGGUUUAUCCUUGAGAAGAUUCAAGGAAAGAUCACAAUAGAAAACAAGUCAAAAAGGGAGCUAAUUCAGAUGUUGUUGCAAAAGGGUUUUGAGUCCGACCCUGUUAAAGCUUGGAAGGAAGCACAGGAAAAGUCUACAGAGGAAGAUGAUAUCCAAGAUCAGAAUGAUGAUAGCUUCUCAGAUUCGGGCACUACACAAGGCCCAGAUUUCAACUACAUUCUCAACAUGUCCCUGUGGAGUCUUUCCAAGGAGAAAGUCGACGAGCUGAUUAAACAGAGGGAUACUAAGGGCAAGGAACUAAACGACCUUAAAAGAAAAUCUGCAUCUGACCUCUGGAAAGAAGAUUUGGCAGCUUUUGUUGAAGAACUUGAUAAAGUGGAGGCACAGGAAAAAGAAGACGCCUUAGCCGGAAUAUCAAGCAAAGCAAUAAAGGGUAAAAUAGGCAAACCAAAAAUGAAGAAGCUGCAGCUAGAGGAGACCCUUCCCUCAGUGUACGGCAGACGAGUGGAGCCUCAGAUUACUGCAAUGAAGGCCGAUGCCAGUAAGAAAAUGCUCAAGAAGAAGAAGGGUGAAAUGGAUUCCUUAGCGCUGAAACUAGAGUUUGAUGAUGAGUUUGGCACCACAUUGGGAGAGGGAGGUGAAGACUCUCAGACGACUACUCCGGUAAAGCCUGUAAAGCCCAAGCGAGAAAGGAAAGAGAAGGAGCCUGGUUCUCGAGCGAAAAAGAAUUCUCUCACUCCAAAACCCCCAGUCAAAAAAGGAAAGAAGAGGAACCCCUGGUCAGAAGACGAAUCUAAGUCAGACAGUGAUAUUGAGGAACCAGAAGUAGUAGAACCUGUCGUCAUACCGCGAGAUUCCUCUCUAAGAAGAGCAGCCGCCGAGCGACCCAAGUAUACGUUUGACUUUUCAGAGGAAGAAGAUGCAGAUGAUGAUGAUGACGACGACGAUGAUCGGAUUAUUAGUAAUAAUAGCCUAAAUGACUUGAAGCCAAAAUCAUCUCCAAUUCCAAACAGUCGAAAUGAUGACGAUGAUGAUGUCGAUGCUCUUUCAGACAGUCCCGAAAAGGAUGAAUUUGACUUCUCAUCUUUCAAGUCAACAAAAUCCACAGAGAAACAAACAGAAAUACAGAAGAAAAAAGAUCAAGAUGAUAUAUUUUCUUCAACUUCAUUUUCUGCGAAAAUAAAUGACGAGGACACCGCAAAAUAUAACAGUGAUGAUGAAGAAUCUUCCCCCCUCUAUUCCUCACCGUUCAGCUACAAAUCUUCUGAGAAAACAACCAGCAAAACAUCAACUAAAAAAGAAAAAGAAGAUGCUCCCAAAUUUAACAGUGAUUAUGAGGACGAUGAGGAUGACGAACCUUCACCCCUCUAUUCAUCAUCAACGUUUAGCUUCAAAUCUACUGAAAAACCAGCAAGCAAACCAUCAACUAAGAAAGCAAAAACCUCUUCCGAUGCCACCCCAAAACAAAAACGACCGCCAAAGCCAAAGAAGUCUGAUGCUUUUGUGAAUUCAGAUUCUGACUUGGAGUUUGGAUCCCCAAAGAAAACUACGACGCCCAAAGCAAAAGGAAGAGGAAAGAAAAGAAAAAUGUCUGAUUCUGAAAAUGAAGGCGACUACAAUCCUGGUAAAAAAUCAGCAUCAAAGUCCACAUCCAGUAAGAAGUCUAAAAAAACAGCAACGUUUGACAUUGAUUCAGACGUGGACAUCUUCCCAGAAGCAAACUCUGAAAGUGCGACACGGCAAAGGCCAGGUCGGGCCAGGAAAGAAGUGAAAUAUUUUGCAGAGUCCGAUGACGAAGAUGAUGAUUUUGUUAUGUAUUAGUUAUGUGCCCGAGGAGCACCCAAAUGUUUUCCAACAAAGUAUCUUGUGUAGUCCUUUUGUCCCUCCUGUUGCAGACUUUUGUACAUUGUCUUAUUUUAUGUGAUAAUGUAUUUGAUGUUUUUUAUUAUCGUGUAGGCAUUUUAACAUUUGUUGUUACACAUACAGUUUUCUGCUCUUUUUUACUCAUGAACUGUCAUGUACUCGUUCCAAUUUGCCUUGUAGAAAUGUUUUAGACUGCCGUGCUCAAG